AUGGACGUCAGAAAAGUCUACAUUGCUAAAAAAGCAGUCCAACAGAGCCCCCGCGUGGCGACUCAUAGUAGCUAUACUAUGACAGUCCUUCGCUCAGUCCGUCCGUCCUUCGUGACGUCACCAACAGCUGGCGCGUUGACUGUAAACAGCGAGAGCCAGGUCAAGCUGGAGCGCCGAUCCAUGAAGACGACGGGGCGCUCGUACUCGCUUUGCGUGGUGUGCAAUCUGCAAAUGACUUCGCCCGCGCAGGCGCAGCUCCAUCUUAGCGCUCGCUCGCACCUGCGCAGGCUGAGGAACAUCGCGGCGCCCGGGCCAGGAGGCGGGCCACCGAAGUUCCUCCCCCAACCGCCGAUGUACGUUUACAACAGCGCCGACUCAGGACGCAUGUGCGCCACACUAGCCGCCGCCUUGCCAGGUCUGAUGGGCGGCGCCAGAGGACAAAGCGGCACGAUGACCAAACCUUUCUUCCAGUUUCCUGUCGGCAACAACAGCACGGCAGCACCUUUUUUACCGAACUUUAACACGACGGACCCGGUGCAGAAAGCGGUGAUCAAACACACGUUCGGCGGCAGGGCGGCCAGGGACGGAAAGAGGAAGCGGCCCAUCAGGUGUGACGUCUGCAAAAUCAUCUUCAACUCGGACUCACAGGCGCAGGCGCACUACCAAGGCAGCCGACACGCUAAGAAACUGAAGAACCAAGAGCUGGAGCCCCUGGUCAAGAUGGCAGCCAAGGGCUCUGGUCCCGCCCCUCCGGCGGCACUCGGCCCCGCCCCACCGACGGCAUCCGGCGCCGCUCCUCUGACAGCAAACGUCACCAGUCCCAAAACGGUGGCAGGAGCCCUGCCCACUCUGGACCAGGAGGCAGAGCAGGCCAGGAAGCUGCUGUACUGUUCGCUCUGCAAAGUGUCCGUCAACUCGCUCAUGCAGUUGGACGCCCACAACUCAGGUGGCAAGCACAAGACCAUGUUGGACGCCCGUAGCGGUUCGGGUUUCAUCAAGGCCUUCCCGCGAGCCGGCGUGAAGGUCAAGGCCGAAGGGGGCGCCAUCGCUGCCGCCGCUGUCGCCGCCGCCCCGGCGGCGCCGAUCCCGAAGGGUUCCGGCCUCCAGAACAAAACCUUCCAGUGUCAAACGUGCAACAUCCACGUCAACUCUGAGAUUCAACUCAAGCAGCACAUUUCCAGCAGGAGGCACAAAGACCGUGCGGCAGGGAAGCCCACCAAGCCCAAGUUUACCAAAAACCAGCAAGCGGAGGUGACCGCUGACGGGUCUUCGCUCGGCUCCUCCCCCGACUUCCGCCCCGCGCCCGGACCGAUCCGAACGAGCCGGGACGCCGCCCUCUUCUCGCCCUACUGA